AUGAAAAACAUAAAACAUAAGCAUAAUUUAAAUAAAAAUUAUAAUCAUAGCAAUGAUAUUAGUAAUUUACAUCUAGAAAAUAUAAAUCUACAGUUUUUAAAAAAAAAUAAUACAAAAAAACUAAUAAAAGAAAACUUUUAUGAAGUAACAAACAAAAAUAAUAAAUACAAGAAUUAUAUAAAUAAGGAAAUUAAUAGAAAUACCAAUAUUAAAUUGAAUAAUAAAAAUUAUAUGACAAAAAAAAAUGAUUUAUCAUUCAAUACAAGCAGUACAACAAAUGUAAACAAUUAUUUUUAUAAGGAUAUUCAUGUUCCUUGCUGCAGUUAUAAAAGGAAUCAAAAUUACGAAAAAAGAGAAUGCUUCACUAAAUAUGAAAACUCUGAAAAUCAAGAAAAGAAUGAUUUAGAAAAUGAAGAAAUUGAUUUUAAGAGCACUUCAAUUUACAAACCUAUAAAUAAUGAAAAUUUUCAGUUAAAAAAAAAUUAUAUUAAUAAUUCAGACAGAAAUAAUGAAUUUAAUGAUAAUUCUGAAGAUUCUAUAGAUGAUAUUCUUUUGGAUAUUCAUACAAAAAAUGAAAUUCAGAAAAACCAAGUUAAUUUGAAUAAUAAUAUUGAUAAAAAUAAUAAUGCGGUAAGUGAAAAGUUUCAAACUCAUGAAAGUAAUGAUAAGCAACUUUUAUUAGAUCAUAUAAAAAGAUUAGAAUAUCAGAAUAAUAUAUUUCUUAAUAACCUUCUAAAUAUGUAUUAUGUAUGUGUUGACUAUAUGAAAAUGCAAGAUGAAAAAAUUAAAAAGAAAGAAGAAAUAAUUCUUUUUCAAAAUAAAAUUAUAAAUAAUUUAAAAAAAAAAGAAAAAUUAGAUAGUACAAAUGUAUGCAACAGUUUAGAUUAUAACUACAAAUAA